UCACUACAGUUGCAACCCUAGCAACACAACAAGUGACCACAUGGUGAGCGGUAACAAUGGCGAUCAUGCAGUCAAUAGCAACAAAAUUCAUGGCAAGCUGGAGUUUUCUCGCACUGCCGAGAAGAAAAAGGAGCCCAAACUCGGCUCAUCGUCGAAGGAGUAUGAUGUAAUCGAGCUAAAUGCAGCGGAUUUGCUAGCGAAGUACUCGCACUAUUGCCAAGUGUGCGGGAAGGGGUUCAAGCGGGACGCGAACCUGAGGAUGCACAUGAGAGCCCACGGCGACGAGUACAAGACCACCGCAGCGCUCACCAACCCAGCGAAGACGAUGAUCGCCGCUCUAUUGGGUGACAAAGAAGUGGGGUCGGGGGCGCGCAAGUACUCGUGUCCGCAGGAAGGGUGCAGGUGGAACAAGAAGCACCCGCGGUUCACGCCGCUCAAGUCGCUGGUGUGCAUGAAGAACCACUACAAGCGGAGCCACUGCCCGAAGAUGUAUGUGUGCAAACAGUGCGAGAAGAAGCAGUUCUCGUUGCUGUCGGAUCUCCGCACCCACGAGAAGCACUGUGGGGACCUCCGGUGGCGGUGCUCCUGCGGCACCAACUUCUCCCGGAAGGACAAGCUCAUGGGGCAUGUCGCACUCUUCGUGGGACACACUCCGAUCAUCGGCAGCGCCUCAUGCAGCUUCACCAAGAACUAGUUUGCCAGUACGAAUAUUUAGGAGGGGGAGUUGAUCUUAAACAGGUAUCGUACGCUUUGCAUGUUAAUAAUAUAAUGGAACAUGUUGAUAUGGUUUAUGUGUUUAAUUCGUACACCGCACUUAAUUGUUGUAAAACAGUGGAGCUAGUACUCCAAACACUAGCUACAGGUUGAUAUUUCGAUGCUUUUAAAAGCAAGUUAUCUUUGGACACACCAUGCAUGUAAUCAUGUAGAA